CCGCCAUCCAGCCCCCAAAUCCACCACCGUCCCUCGGCCUGCAGCCCCCAGAAAUCAUGAUUCCGCAGCUCGGACUUGGCCGAUGGCUCCUGUUCAUCGGAGUGAUGGCCGCCUACAAUGCCGUCCAAUGCUUUGUCCCAUCCAUGAGACUGACCCCCAAGAUCUACGCUCGCAAGGCGAACGAAGUUACCCCACUCAUGUCCCGAAUGAUGGGGCUCUGGACUCUGGUUUCGGCCAUCGUCCGCAUCUACACCGCCUACAACCUCGACAACCGCCCCCUCUACGAAAUCUGCAUGUUGACGUUCGUCGUCGCUCUGGGCAGCUUCGCUUCCGAGAUCUUUGUGUACGGCACCGCCCCCAUCUCCUCGCCCGGCGUCUUCCCCACUCUGAUCAUCACCCCCGUUUCGCUGGCGUGGAUGUUCCUCAACUACCCCAACUAAAUAUGCAUCGACAAUAAAGGGCAAACUAAAGGCGAUCUGCCGCUUGAAUAGCAC